UCUUUUUGUGUAUGUUUGCAGGUGACUGAGUUGAAUGAGCCCCUCUCAAAUGAAGACAGAAACCUGUUAUCUGUGGCCUACAAGAAUGUGGUUGGUGCUAGACGAUCUUCCUGGCGUGUCAUCAGUAGCAUAGAGCAGAAAACAAUGGCAGAUGGAAAUGAAAAGAAGCUAGAAAAGGUUAAAGCAUACCGGGAGAAGAUUGAAAAGGAGCUGGAGACCGUCUGUAAUGAUGUUUUGGCCCUCUUAGAUAAGUACUUAAUUAAGAACUGCAAUGACUUUCAGUAUGAGAGCAAGGUCUUUUAUCUGAAAAUGAAAGGAGAUUACUACCGCUACUUGGCAGAAGUGGCUGCUGGUGAGAAGAAGAACAGUGUUGUGGAGGCUUCAGAGGCUGCCUAUAAAGAGGCUUUUGAAAUCAGCAAGGAGCAUAUGCAGCCCACUCACCCAAUUAGGCUCGGGUUAGCACUCAACUUCUCAGUGUUCUACUACGAAAUCCAGAAUGCCCCUGAGCAGGCCUGCCUUUUAGCCAAACAAGCCUUUGAUGAUGCCAUAGCAGAGCUGGACACACUAAACGAGGAUUCCUAUAAGGACUCCACUCUUAUCAUGCAGUUACUUCGAGACAACCUCACUCUGUGGACAAGUGACCAGCAAGAUGAAGAAGCAGGAGAGGGCAACAACUAAAGAGCUUUCAUCCCUGCUCUCUGUCAUCUACUUGAGCAUCCCCAUCAUCACCAAUAUUUCCAUGCCACAGUCACACUAAAUAUCUAGUGCUAAGCAUAUCUGUAUUGUCAGCACAGCUGCUGAGAUCUGCUGUCCACUUUAUGAGGAAGCAGUUUCAGACCAGUCUUCAUGGGCAUUGCUGGAUUGAUUUGACUUUUAUCAGCCCCAUUUAUCAUAGUUGCACUUUAAAUAGUGCAGAAAGGUGCAGAUUAAAUGAGGCAUUUUAGUUUGCCUGUUGAUUAUAAAAUAUGGGCAAGAAUUAUGGAAAGUGAUAGAGAAGAGAGUAAAUCAGAAAUCUAACCUUAAAUUUUCCAUUUAAUACAAGCUGAUAGUGUUUUGUUAAGCAGUUCAUCUUGUGCAUGCACAGUAAGUUAUCCACCCCCUAAAUACCUUCAGCCAAUGAAAACAGUUAAGCUGAUGUGAAGUGACAACUCAAUACUAUUCAUCAGUUUACAAUAAACUGUUUAAAAUGUGAGGUUUCAGUAGCAACUUGUUUUUUGCCUCUAAUUUAUGUGCACAGACUUUCUUUUAAUGCAAUGCAUCUACUUAAAAUUUUGAUACCUGUAACUUUUUUUUGCAGUUGUUUUAAAGAAUCAUGAUUUUUAUUUGUAAACUCCUUGGCUGUUUAGUUGUCUUCUUUGUAUUUUGAGAGCGCCAUAUCAAUGUUAGCCCAUGUUAAGAUGGAUGACUAUGAGAUGCCAGACAUUCUAAAUUAAAUGUUUUGGAACUAAAUGAAUAAAAUAAAAUGCUGCUUUGGGGAUAUUAUCUCUA